AUGGCAUCCCCGUCGUCGAAUAGGGAGUCAAACACCCCCGAUAUGCAUGCCAAUGACCGCCUCACCUUUCUCCUAGCUGCCUGCAUCGGUUUAAACGCCACUAUCACAACCAAAAGCGGAGAGAGGUUUUCUGGCAUUUUUUCGGGAUCAUCGUUAGAGUCGAAUAACUCCUCAUUUACAUUGAAAAUGACGCAACGUUGCUCCUCACCACAAGCAGACAACGGUCGGUCGAAUGGACUUAGUGACCUUUCUAGCCCUUACAUUGGAUCAGGUGUGGACCAUCAAAUGAUUUUCGAUGUCCAAGAUGUUGCGGAUGUUUGUGUUGAAAACGUCUCGACCGCCGGUAUUGCUGCAAAGGAACACAAUGGUAAUUAA